AUGUCGGAGUCCACUGUCGAGGUGGAGGAUUUUGCAUUCCAGCAAUCUUCUCCACUUUCUCUGCGUCAAUCCUCAGUACUCUCAUCCCCGCCUGCGCCUCCGCUCGGUGAUCCGGUCAGCACCAACUUCGACUACAAUCUGACAGAAGACCCAUUCAAGACCGACGACCGACUACUCCGACCGAGUGCCAGCAUACGCCAUGGCCAGCUCACGGAUGACCGCCGCAUUUCAGGCAACUCGUCUAUAUCGUCGUUCCCUGCAUCCGUGCUACGCCACGAGGAUGAAAGAACACCGUCCGUGUCACCAAUACACUUGAGGCAUGGCUCUACCGGUAGCUUCAGCAAGACUCCCUCGCCGCGGCGAAACAGAGGUUUCGGUUCCGCAUUCAGACAUCCAAGUAGCAUCCGCGAGAUGCAGCUGAACGACGACACAGGCGACGACACCGAAAGCGUCAUGUCGCACCACAGAAGCGGAUCACGCAUGUCGGUCAGGAGCCACGGGAGCAGCUACUCGACGAACACCUCGCCGUCGAAGCGCAGCAGUCGCAGCGCUCAGAAGAGAGGCAGUGGACUGAAAAAGGAGUUUCCCCUGGUCCUACUACAUUGUACCCUCCUUCCACCAGCCAACAACUGGCUCGGUCCAGCGUGCGACAAAGACCUGUUCGCCGCGCUCCUACCAGAGCCGUACCGCCAACGCUGGACCCAGCUUCAGGACCGCCUUGGAAGUGCGGAGCUUCGGUCUCGGGGUAUUCUUCUCCCUCAUCCACAAGAGGACUAUGAGCUCUUAGAAGAGAGGCUACUCGAGGCACUUGAGCUGGAGCGGCCGCGAAUCCAGAGCAAUCACUAUUUGGAGCACGCUGGAGACAGUGGAUUCGAAAGCGGUAGCCAAACAGAAAGCGACGUCGAUGUUGAAGACAAAUGCCCGGACUGCGGAAAGCACUUGCGCACCGUCGCAGACAAGAAGUGGGAGAUCAAGGUAUUUGCAGCAAACGGGCUCAUGCGAGGCGCCGCUUGGUCUGCAGCUUGGAGGGACAUGGAGAAAGUCGAUGUGGAGAUUGGCAUGUGGAUGCCGGAGGAUAUCCGCCAGGAGAUGGAUACGAGGUUGGACGCGCUGAAAGCCGCGCAGGAGGAGGCUGAGGUGCAGCAGGAGCAGAGGCAUGACCAGGCAGAAGGGAUGUUCAAGGACCGGCGACACUCGUACGAGAGACAGGAUCCUGACCGCCAUGCCCCGGCGCCGGAAGCAGUACCUCGACACGAAGCGUCAACCCCUCAGAGCACUCUUCAGCUCUUCGUACAGGAUCGCAGAAAUAUUGCCAUUGUCAUUCUCAGCAUACUCGUGUUGGUCUACGCGGUACUGAACGCCAGAGGUCAAGGGGCAUCCAGCGCACCAGCUGGCGCAAACAAGGCACCCAACACUACCCAUAUUACGAGCACGGAGGUCUGGACCACAACAAUUGUUGCACAUGACGAGACAACAAGUCUAGGUACAAUCGCCCAAGGUGGAGCCGAAGCAGCAGAUCCGGGGACUCUUAUCUCUGCUAAGGCGAGCGAAACAGAGGCCCGGACCGAGGAGACCCAUCCAGCUGAAGCCACCGGGGCGCGGGAGUUGGAUCCCCAGGUUGGAGACGUCUCAGCUCGCCACGAAGCUGCUGAAUCGCAUACGAGCGACCCAGGAAACGCCGAACAGGACCAUUAA